GUGCCUUUAUUUACUGUGAAGGAUGACAAACUAAUUUAAAUUCCUAUUUAUAUCUCUUAGCAUUCUCCAUCGGAGCCCUUUCUAGAGAAAGCAGUGCCGGAAAUGACUCAGGUUAGUGGACCGGAUGCUCAGCUAGUGAAAAGUGAUGACUAUCUGCCAUCAAUAGAACAACCACCGCAGCAGAAAAAGAAGAAAAAGAAAAACAACCACAUUGUUCCAGAAGAUCCCAGUAAAAGUUUUGGCAAAGACGACUUCUCUGCUGGGGUCAGUAACCAAGAACUGAAUAGGAACUCACUUGAUGGUUCCCAAGAAGACAAAAAGAAAAAGAAAAGGCCGAAGGCAAACAAAGACCCGAAGGGACCGAAGGAGCCCAAGGAAAAAAAAGAGCCCAAGGAACCCAAGACCCCCAAAGCCCCUAAGAUUCCCAAAGAGCCAAAGGAAAAGAAAUCAAAAACCACCACGCCAAAACCCAAAUCCAGCAAAAAAACCAGUAAUAAGAAAUCUGAUUCAGAAGCAAGUGCUUUGAAGAAAAAGGUCAACAAGGGAAAAACAGAAGGUUCUGAAAAUUCAGACCUAGACAAAACACCCCCGCCAUCUCCUCCUCCUGAAGAAGACGAGGACCCAGGUGUUCAGAAGAGACGAUCCAGCAGGCAGGUGAAGAGAAAGCGAUACACUGAAGACCUUGAGUUCAAGAUUUCUGAUGAGGAGGCAGAUGAUGCAGAUGCUGCUGGGAGGGACUCCCCCUCAAACACCUCACAGUCAGAGCAGCAGGAAUCUGUUGAUGCAGAAGGUCCAGUAGUAGAAAAAAUCAUGAGUAGUCGUAUAGGGAAAAAACAGGUAAGCACCAUCUCAUGUUUGAUCAAAACUUAUCAUGUAGAUAUGACUUCACUUAUGUUUUCUUUCUUCUUUGAAAUCUCUACUAUUGUAAAGCAUUGCAUAGUAUUUGUAAUUUAGUUCAAUAUUAAUUCA